GGAGGCCGGGGGCCGGCGGUGCGCCCCUUUACGGGCGCCUGGUGGCCGAGGAGCCCAUGCCUUCCGCGGUAUGCGGUGGUGCCGGUGCUGCGGGUGGCGGGGCUGCCGGCGGAGUCCCGCAGGAGACCCCCUCGGACAUUCACGCCAUGCAGGCCAGGAUACCCCACAGGUUUCGCGAUCCAGCGACGGCGCCCCUCAGGAAACUUAGCGUCGACCUCAUCAAGACCUACAAACACAUCAACGAGGUUUACUAUGCGAAGAAGAAAAGGAGAGCACAGCAGAUGCAAGGAGAGGAUGGUUCGCAUAAAAAGGAGAGGAAACUUUACAACGAUGGCUGGGACGACGAUAAUCACGAUUAUAUUAUCAAGAAUGGGGAAAAGUUCCUCGAUCGAUACGAGAUCGAUUCAUUAAUAGGUAAAGGCAGUUUUGGCCAAGUAGUGAAAGCGUUUGACCACGAAGAGCAGACGCAAGUGGCAAUAAAAAUCAUCAAGAACAAGAAGCCUUUUCUAAAUCAAGCGCAAAUCGAAGUUAGGCUAUUGGAAAUGAUGAACAGAGCGGAUACCGACAACAAGUAUUAUAUAGUUAAACUGAAGAGGCAUUUUAUGUGGCGGAAUCACUUAUGUCUGGUAUUCGAGCUGCUGUCGUAUAAUCUGUAUGACCUACUUAGAAAUACGAAUUUCCGAGGAGUGUCAUUAAAUCUGACAAGAAAGUUUGCACAGCAACUGUGUACUGCCCUCUUGUUCCUGUCUACACCGGAAUUGAACAUCAUUCACUGUGAUCUGAAACCCGAAAACAUCCUUUUAUGCAAUCCCAAACGAAGUGCGAUAAAGAUAGUCGACUUUGGUAGUUCGUGUCAACUUGGACAAAGAAUAUACCAGUAUAUUCAAUCCAGGUUCUACAGAUCACCAGAAGUUCUAUUAGGAAUACCUUAUGACCUCGCGAUAGACAUGUGGAGUCUGGGAUGUAUUUUAGUAGAAAUGCACACGGGAGAACCUUUGUUUAGUGGGGCCAAUGAGGUCGAUCAAAUGAACAAAAUCGUAGAAGUACUAGGAAUGCCGCCAAAACACAUAUUGGACCAAGCGCACAAGGCGCGGAAGUACUUUGACAAAGUCCCCACGGAUGGCUCGUACGUGCUGAAAAAGUCCAAGGACGGUAAAAAAUACAAACCUCCGGGCACGAGGCGCUUGCACGAUAUUCUAGGUGUCGAGAGCGGCGGCCCGGGUGGCAGAAGGAUAGGCGAGCCCGGUCAUUCGAUGUCCGACUAUCUCAAGUUCAAAGACCUAAUCGUGCGGAUGCUGGACUUUGAUCCGAAGACGAGGGUGACGCCGUAUUACGCGCUCCAACACAACUUCUUCAAGAGGACGGCCGACGAGGGGACCAACACGAAUGUCGCCGCUGCGAAUAGCGCGAGCACGAGUCCGGCGGUGGUGUCGAUGAGCCAGGAUCAUGGACUGGUAACCAUGUCGGGACAGGGCGGCAGCGGCAGUCUGCAGCAGAUCCAGACGUCGAGUCUCCCUGGUGGCGGUUACCAACCCAUGGACUGCGAGUCCUCGCCCCGUCAUACGGGCGGCGGAGGUCGGCGUGCCAUAACAACGGGCUACCCAUCGACAUCGGCCGCGUCAUCGGCCCCGAUGACGACGUCCAUGCAAUCGUCGUCCAUGGACAGCUCCCUGAUACAGAGCUCCCUUGGAUCGUACAAUAGCCUAAUUCUUCCUAAUAUACCCCAUCUGCCCGCGAUGAUGACCUCGCCAAUGAUUCAGCAGCAGAACUUCUACAACUACAGCUACUCGACCGCCGACGCGCAUGGGAUGGUCAGGCAACCGUCGACGGUGUCGACCGGCAACCAGCGGGAUCCAGCGGAGAGAGAGGACAGCCCGAUGGUCGGUGUCUGCGUCCAACAGAGCCCGGUCGCUAUUCACUGAGGGGGUGAAUGUAGAAGUGGACAAUACGGCUGAUUUUAUUAUAGGCAAUUUGCAAGACCGAACGAUGGAAGAGAAAGAGAAUUUAGCUGAUUUAUCAUAUACCGGAUGGAGAUAUCGUGGCAUACUUUUGAACGUUCGUUUACGGUAUUGAAUUUUACUGUAUCGUAGACGAGGGAAGAAGGAAAGGAAUGGCUUUUCAAACAUCGUUCUCCGAAGCACAUAGCCCCCCAAAAAAAAGAAAACAAAAGAAGAAGCACACCAGUGUUCGCGAUCAGCGAUUAACUUCGACAGUGAGAAUUUAACAAAUUUUUCGGACACACGUUGGUUUGGCUGAACAAUUCUCUGAAAAAUACAGACGACAAAAAUUACCCAGGACAAAAAGAUAUCCACAAGACACAUAAUAUAAAGUCCAAAUCUCUCUCUGAGAUUAAAAGAUCACAGAAGUUUACUCUAAGCUCGGCGGCGAUAACGACUGAAAAAAAUAGAGUAGAAAAGAGAACACGCGAGAGAAGGAAGGGAGAAGGAAAGGAAUGUGGGAGAGGGAAACCUCUAUUUCUGUUACGUUGCUGUAUUUUCGUAUCUUUUAUCGAGCUGACUGGCCCUACAUUGAGCGUGCAUAUUACUACGUGUCUAACACGGAUGAUUGACGAAAGCUUCGAGCACGGACAGACGGUAAUGGUCCAGUGAGGAUGAACCCAGCUGGCCUCUCGGGUCCUGUGCCCGAUUUCCACGAACACUCCGAGCGGUUUUUAACGAAAAAGAAAAAAAAACGACUCUGAGCGGGAAAACUUUCGGCAAUCAAACUGUGUGGCCUAGAGAGCGAAAAAGUGAUAAUUAUAAUUAUUAUUACCGCGUAAAUGAAAGAAAAAAAUAAAAGAGGAAAAAGUAAGAAUAUUACCAAUGUAAGCAUGUACUCCAAUAGAGUUUUAUACACGAUGUCACGGAUGUAAACGGUUUAGCAAGUACUUUUUGCGAGCAAACAGUCGCGUCGACUGCUAGUUAUUUGUACAAUACACUUAGAAUGAAUGAUUAAGAGUGCAGCUUUAGGGUUUAGCUUUUAAAUGUGUGAGGAGAUGAUAACACAUACAUCCACCCAUCCACCCACAUGCGUAUACAUACACAUUAUACAUACACGAGACAAUGUAAACUCGACCAUUUUAUUUACUUUAAUGAAAAGAAAAAUGAGAAAAGAAAGGAUGCAAGGAUGUUGCGAACGUCAGUUUGUUGUUGAGCAAGGACUUUAAACAAACGCGGGGUUCGCGCGGCUUAACAACAAUUACAUAUUUAUACAUAAAGAAAAAAAACAGUAAUAAGAAAGUUAAAAACAGCAUACACGUAAGAUCAAUCAAGAAAUGGAAUAUAAUCAUACGAGAAAUCUAGAUACUUUAUAAAUAAACAAUACGCGCGUAUACUCUCAUCACAUGCAUACGUUUCCAACGCCAAUCGUCAUUGAUUUUUGCCGUUUUGCUCCGAUAUGUAAGGUCGUUGCGCUUAUGUCAUUCGCAUCGAUCGAUUAUAUAAAUAUAUAUAUAUAUAUAUAUUUUAUUCCCUCUAUUACGUGACGCAAGACUUGAUUUUUAUAUUCGGCCAUAAAUACUUUUUUUAAGGUUCCUGGAUUCUUGUCGUGCUCAUGUUAGAUUGUGACGUCAGAGGCGAGAAAGCACGCGCUGAAAAUUCUGAUGAAACAUUAUUUCAGAUAGCUUUAGUACAUUUUUAUAUAUGAAAACUAUUCUUUUUCUUUGACUGCGUUGCAAAGACCAGACUGGACUUCAUUUUACAGCUGUUGAUAGGGGGAAAAGGAUAGUUUUCGUGGUAUUUUAAGUGUGCCAAAGGCAUCUGAAGUGCUGUUUCGAAAUGGUAUCUGAGAAUUUCUAGCGUGUUUUCUCGCCUCUGACGUCACAAUUCCAACAUGAUCGAGGUUAAGAGUGAGGAGCUUUAAAUAUCAGUUAAAUUGCGUAGUCCCUUUUGAUUAUUCAUGACGUUUGAUUGUAAGAAAGACUAGAUGACGAACAAAAGUUAGAAGCCGAUAAAUUUCUUUCUUAUUCUUAUCAACGCGUUAACAACCAACACAUUUCGUUGCGAAACUACCAAUUGUAAAAGUGUAGUAUAGUACCUGAAGGCAGACCAUUAAAAAUGCAACCGUAAUAAAUCCCUCUACACACAACCCAGAUGUGUUAUGAAAGAAAAAGAAAGAGUACGACACUUUUAAUAGAAAUUAAUAAUAAAUAUAACGCUGUAAAGAGAAAGAAAUCUUAAAGAAUUAUGCAUGUUGCUUUUUUCGUAAUCACGAUAGCAAAAAGGAAAAGAAAGAAAGAAAGAAAAAUGUGAAAAUACUUAAAUCCGUUUACGAAAUAUAUUUUAUAUAAUUGCGGCUUUUUAUACUUCCAUACAUAUACGAAAGAAAAAAAGAAGGAAUGCUCUAUGGAGACUUAUAUAAGAGAUUUAGAUAAUAAUUUAUCUGUGUAUGUCGUUUAUUAUAUUAUACAUAGGACAGACGCGUAAUCAUUUUGCUGACGGAUCGUAUCAAUUUAUUGUUUAGCUACUUUAGGACAUUCUAGAUCUAAUUUUAAUUGUUUUAUGAAAGGUCUCCCGUAAGAAGAAAAAAAAAUAAUAAAGCUGCAUGUAUAAUUCCCAAUCCGUCAUCUUUAACGUUUUAAUUGCUAUAUAUCUUUUUCUUUUUUCUUUUUUUUAUAUACAAAUUUUAACGGGUAGAUAGUGGCGGCUUAAAUUAAAUUAAAGCACCGUGUUUCGUUUGCAUGAUUGUGACUGUUGUCAAAAAAGAGCUUGGCCAAAAAAAGAAAAAAGGAAAAAACGAAAAAAGAAAAAGGUAUUAGACGACCAAGAGGAUUCUUACGAUGUAUUUUCUGGAAAAGUAAUAACGAGAGAGUCUCACUGUGAAGUUUAGAUUUUUGAAUUUUUCUUGUUGUAUUAGUUGUAAAUAUAUAUAUGAGAGAAAAUAUAAAAUACUUUUUCGAAGUAGAGCUGAGAAAAGUCUAACAAGUUUCACAAGCCAUUCGAUCUGCUAAGAAUCAUUUUCUUCACGCGGCCUUUCGAAUGAUUUGUAUAUUUUUAUACAUACCUGCAUCACAGAGAUGAAAUGAAUUUGCGGAUACGUUUUUAAACAAUGGAUAAUAUGCACACAUACACACGCAUUCUAUAUAUUGCAACUUGUCAUGAGAUGUUGAGGGUUUGUUAUACUCGAAUUUAUACUUAAGUUUACCGAGAGAGCGAAAACAAAUUUUCUAACAAUAUCGAAUAAUGUAAAUCUCUCCGAGACGGACAAAUAGGAAAUACGAAAUGAUGCCUGUAUCAUAAAUGUUUUUUAUAUCGCAUCGAGAUUUACGGCAAUCACAGUGCUUAUAAGAUACGUUGAAAAAUUCAAAGAGUCGUAAUGAGUCUGUGUUGUGAUUAGAUAGCUCGGAAGCAAUGCUUAAAAAAAAUAAAAAUAGAUAGAGAGGUUCAUUGUGACAUAAUAAAAUAUGCUUAAACACAAGAGAAA